UCAACCUCAAAUGUUAGAGGAUGGAAAUGUAGAUACCUAUAAUUGGCCUGGGUUUGGUGGAUGGGCGAUAUCCAAGGCCUGGUAGCGGCAUGUUGAAGUUCAUAGCAGCCUCCAUCCGGUCUGGUCGUGGUGGUGGUGCUAUUACUCCCGUUUCAUACAACCUAACCCGACUGUUCUCUUUAGCCAAAUGUCCGCCGAAAAAUACAGGGCCGGACAAAGCCUCGAUAGGAUUGCAGAAUGGGAUGUUAAGGCGAGAAGGAGACUGGUCAUCUUCUUCCGUAGCAUGUCCGCCAAUCGUUAGCAUUAGUAACGCGACCUUCUACCGCGAAUAUCCCACUCAGGUUUCCCCUAAGAAGGACAAUCCUCCCUUAUACCCUAACCUGACCUUUUCUCUUAAGUCACACAUUCCAGCGAAAGCCGGAGAGCAUCCUUCCUUGGACCAUUGUGCCGUCAUAGGCUCAUCAGCCAAGUCGACCUUCCUUGACAUUCUUCGCGGUCGGUAUAUCUGCAUCCCACCAACUGCACGCUCAUUCCCGUACCUGUUAGCGCUUGGAGCAGCGCGGGCGAAAGGUUCAAGUUCUUCUUCGCAUGACGCGGCUCAUGCGAUCCAGUAUGUUGGGUUCAAAGGUGACCAAAAACAAAGUGCUGGGGGUAUUCGUGGUACAUACAUGAGCGCGAGAUAUGAAAGUAGAAGGGAGGAGACGGAUUUCACGCUUCUACAGUAUCUGAAGGAUCAGAUGUCCCUGAACCCACUAGUGCAGGAACUACUAGGCGAUGGAAGCAUUAACCCUUCGGAAAGUGAUGAGCAUCUAAAUAAGAUCAUACGAGAUUUCCAGUUGCAGGAUCUUCUUGAUAUGCCAGUGGCCAACUUAAGUAAUGGGCAAACAAGGCGGGCUAGGAUUGCAAGAGCCCUUCUUAUGAAGCCAGAAGUUCUUCUUCUGGAUGAGCCUUUCAUGGGCCUGGAUCGAUCAACUGUCCCGAUUUUAUCCCACCUGCUCCGUCAGACUACCUUAAGUGGAACUCCCUGUAUUGUUCUAGCUUUAAGGCCACAGGAUCCAAUUCCGGAAUGGGUUUCUCAGAUAGUCCUCUUGGGGCCGGAUAAUACCAUUGCCCUUCAAGGCCCUCGUGAUGAGGUAUUCCGCACUCUCGAAUUGUGGCAGGCUGUGGCCUCUCGAGGAGGUAAAUCUACUCUCGUGAAAGGAAGCGGCGAUGAUAAUUCUGGAAUUUCUAGAAGUAGCCUGGCGUGUCCAGGGCGGCUUGAAUUGAUACCCCGCAACACCGAUGAGGAACAAAGUUACCGCCUCCUGUCGCUUUCGCGGCGAAGGGAAUAUGAUAGGUUAGAGCAGCUACGUGAAAGUGGCCAAUUUGAUGACUUUGCCAACAUUCUACAUGAAAUGGGAUUGCUGCAUAAACAGGCUGAAAGAGUGGACAAAAAAAUAACACCGUUAGGGGAGCCAAUCGUGGAGAUGGAUGGUGUUCAUGUCAAAUAUGGCGAUAAAGUGGUAUUGGGCGGCUGGACUCAAGCAGCCGACGGUCGCACGACAAAGGAAGGGCUAUCCUGGAAGGUUCAUCGCGGGCAGCGGUGGGGUGUGUUUGGCUCGAACGGCUCGGGGAAAACGACCCUCAUAUCCCUCAUCACCUCGGACCACCCGCAAACAUACUCGCAACCUAUCAAACUAUUUGGCCGCUCUCGUUUACCCGAACCCGGAAAGCCAGGGAUAUCAAUUUUUAAUUUACAGUCUCGCAUAGGCCAUUCGUCGCCGGAAAUCCACGCCUUCUUCCCUCGACACCUUUCCAUCCGCUCUUCUAUCGUAUCAGCCUGGGCGGAGACUUUCCUCUCGAAGCCAAAUCUUACCCCGGAACGCGCCAUGGAUGUAGACUCGGCCUUGCGAUUUUUCGAAGCAGAUCUUAACCCCGACUUCGCCCCCAGGAGCGAUCAAAUACAAACAACCACCUCCUGGGCUGAUUCCCUCCCCUUCUCUUCCCUCACCCCCGCUCAACAGCGCCUCACUCUCUUCCUACGUGCCCUCAUCCACAAACCAGACCUGAUAAUCCUCGACGAAGCCUUCUCCAGCAUGCAGUCCUCCCUACGUGACAAAUGUCUCCACUUUCUGGAAGUCGGCGAGCAGCAGCACAUGCCCAGCAGCGGCACCAGGAGAACACCUAACUACACGAAAGUGUGGCAUUUGCCCCCGCCACCGUCCUCGUCGGGCCCGAAAAUAUGCCACACCGGCAUCGCUGACCACCAAGCCCUGAUCGUCAUCAGUCAUGUCAAAGAGGAGGUGCCCGAUAUCGUGGGUCAGUGGAUGCGCCUGCCGACUCCCGCUAGGACGACGGACGAGCCGGGGUUGGUGAUGGAUUUUCAGAUUGGUCAGUUGGCUGCUCAAGAAUCCGUGGCGGUGGAUGCGUGGGAGAUGAUUUGGAACCUUACGGCUGAGGGAAAGGGCGGGUUCGUUGAGGGAGAUGAAAGAGAAGUGAGGUGUUGUGCGUGAUGUGGUUUAACGUUGGUUUCUGUUGACCUUUUUGAUUCAUUUCUAUGAUUUCAAUUUUAUAGAUGUUUUAUAUCCGCUAUGAGUGGGUUAGCGAUGGAUAGGAUAUAUUUUGUACAUGUACAUGUACAUUACAUAUAGUAGGUGUAGUUUGAUUGCUACAGAACUUAGAUUAAAUAUAGAUAAUCCAUAGAUCACAUUUAGAACAUAACUUUGGCGGCAACUACUGGAAUCCUUUUGAUAGGUCUACCCUGUGGAGACUAACAAGCUAGACACAAUAGACAACAGGACAAUAUAUAGCGGAUAUCAAAGGAAUACGGAAUGAAAUAGGGGUAUGGUGCAGAUGUAAUAUAGGAUAAAUCCUUAAUUCAAAAUGGACUCUGCGUCCGUUGAAGAAAUGCCAGCUUUCCUCCUCAUCUUGUGUUGCUAUACCUAAAAACAAGAAAAUAUCAAAAAGAAUUUGGAGCUAAAAAGCGUAGCAAGUGG